UCCCUUGCGAGUCACACUUUCGCUGCGCCGACACAGCGACGCCGGACGAUGCAUCGCCACUCCCUCGGAUCGCCGGCCACCAAGCCCCAGCCGGCCGGAGGAGAAGGCGGCAGCGAUGAGAUCGAGCAGGAUAAGCGGAUUCGAUGGUGCCCGCGAGCAGAUAGAUCCAUCCACCUCAUCCCUCUGCUCACCCUCCUCUGCCUUCUCGUCCUCUACCUCAUCUCCCACAACCCUUCCCCAAAAGAUUUGGAGAUUUUCAGUGGCCGGGGCAGAGGCGCAGCCCUGGGAGAUGAACCCAAAGAGGUUUCGGCGGUAGUGCGGGCGUCGGCGGUCAUUAGCGACCGGGGUUUGAAGGCGGCGGAGGCGGUGGGAGGACGAAGGAGCAGGGUCUUGCCGAAUCGGAAAAUGGGGGCCACACUCCCCCGCAGGAACCUAAGACUUCGAAAACCGGAGUAGCUCAACGCUGCGGUUUCCCCUUGAAGGUUUGUAAUGCUACUUGUUCUCAGUUCGUCGUUGUUAAUAUCAUUUUUCUUUUAAUUUUCAUUCCGAUAUUUUCUUGAGAGAUUUGUAAGUAGAUGCUUUUUGUUCAUUUCGCCGAUCGCAUGCCUCGAUUUAGCUUGAUUUUUUGUAUUAAAAAAGAAAAAAAGAAAGGAAGAGAGGGAGAAGUCAUAGAUAGGGUUGUUCUAUGAUGCUACCGUGCGCCCAAGAUUAGAUGCCCAGAUCGUCUUCAGCGGAAGCGACGAGGCGGAUGGAAAAUGGCCGUUGUUGUCCGGAAAUGAGCUGGCAACAACUGGCCACAUUACCAUUAAUGAACCUUGUUACUUGAAGACAGGUCGCCAGUUGGGCCCUGAUAUAAAUAUGUGACCUUUUGAUUUUGUUUUAAAAAUGCCCGAUU